AUGCAGGACAAGGAAGCCAACUGCAACAAGUCGAAGGGACCGGCGCCGGAUGAUGACCCUGAUGAUGAUGAUGACUUUGCUAGGACUUUAGAGGCUGAGAAAUCCGAGAAACCAUCUCUAGCUUCAAACUCGGAAGCAAUUACAAACCCGGAGACCACUACAACCAACGAGCAACACGAUAAAGCAACAUGGAACCCGGAAGCAUUCACAAGCUGGACGAAAAUAAUGUUCCCCAUUGAAAGCGCUCCCUUCUCUGUUGUGUACUUCGACGGCGUUAGGGAGAUCAACGUCGGCACCAUCGUGGUGGAUCACUCUCUGAAUUUCAAGAAGCUUCUCUCCUUCUUGAGCCAGAUAAUUGGGAUCUCGGCGCACCAAUUUACCGUCUAUCUCGCCACCUUAGGCACCGACCGGAAAAUUCCCAUCACCAGCAAGGUCAACCUCGCCACAGUGGCCUGCCAAAGCGGCGAGUGCUACUUCUUCGUCAAGCGGUCCAAGCGAUACAAGAAGACUCCGACUCCGGCGAACGGCAAGAACUCGAAUAUGGACAAGAAGACCCAGCCGGAGAAUGUCAUGCUCCUGCGCCGGGACGCCGCCAACGGAGGCGUCAAAGAACCGCCGCAAGAACUUUCUGGCUUCAGUCCUCCGAUUCUGGAUCGCGUCGAGUACGAGAACGGGGUGAACGUGGGCAUCAACGGUGGUACCGUAGCGUCGAACGGCGGAGGAGGCGGCGGCGCGGUGUGCAAAGAGUGUAUGAGGGCGAAGGUGACGGGGAUUGAUGGCGGUUUUCAUCCGUGCGUGAAUGACGAGGUAAUAGUAGGGUUCAGGUCGUCGGCGGGACCGGUUUCUCGGCCGGCGAAGAAUUCCGGCAAGGAGCGCCCCUGA